AGGAAGAGAGGCAGUUAGAACUCAGAGAAACCCAGACACUCCUAUGGGACCCACUGAGCAACACACACUGUUACCUUCAAAACUUUCUCAGUGCUAAUGAGAUCAGGGCCAGAGAAAGACUCGGGACAGAAUGGGGGUACCAGGACCUGGUGCCCUCCCCACACUCGCAGUCUACACAGUGGACAAAUCUGUGCAAGAGCUUGAAGCUAGUUUGGCACUGACAGCAUGCCUCACCUCACGCUUCUUCAACUUUAGAUGGAAAAUCCGCCAAGAACUCACCAAACUUGAGCACCUUGUGAUGAAAGGAUCAACAAACCUUCAGAAAGGACUGGAAAAGGCUAAUGAACAAAUCCAAACUGUCAACUCAGGAGCCACUAAAAGAACUAGUCUGAUCAUUGUUGUCAUUUCGGGGGAAAUGACACCAGAAGUAUUGAAGGAGUCUAAGGACGAGGCUGAAAAAGCUCGGAGAAUGGGGGCAUAUGUUUUCUGUGUUGGUCUAAACUUCUACGAUAGACAAAAGUUGAAUGAGAUUACAGACAACAAUGAAAAUGUGUUCGUUGUAGAAGGCAAUUCCGAUAUGUUCCAUCUGUCAGUAGACACGAUUGGCACAAUGACCUGCCUUGAACUCAGAGCAGUGGAGCUUCCAUGUGGAGGUGAGAUUUGA